AUGAUGCCAUCCAAUCUACUAAAGAAGCAUUUGAAUAAUGAUCCUUAUAAACCAAACUUCGUAUUCUCAUCAGAUAUACCGGCACAAAUCCACCAGAUUGUUAAAACACGAUAUUUACCCCAUCAUGAUAAUGAACAUUCAAUAAUCUUUCUCGGAUCCGAUAUUGAAUUCAAUAUAAAUACAGCUUUAAAUUCAUUAUUAUUAAGAAAUUCAAAUAUAAAACCAUCUGAUUUACUUAAAGAGAAUCUAAUAUCAAUAGCUAAAUAUAAUUCAUGUCUGCAUACUUCAGAUUUCAUAUCACGAAUAAUGAAACCACCAAAUGUUGUUGAUAAUUUUGGAAUUGAUAAUCAAAUAUUAUGUUCAGAAGAAGUAUUUAUUGUGAAUAUAACUUUAAAAUUAUUGGAUUUUGCCUUUGAUAAAGAAUUACAAGAUGUUACUGUUGAUUUUUUAAAAGAUGAAAAUUUAGGACUUUUAAUAUUAUGUGAUGAUAAUUUGUUGAACGAAAUAAUAUCAUAUAUCAGAGCUUGUGUAUUGUUUUCAAUACAUUCAAAUGAAUUGGCAACUCCUAUACUUCAGGCCCAAGUUCCACCAAAGGAAGAUAUGAUUUAUAAUAGCUUUAUUGAAAUUAAUGACUCGACAUUAAAUAAUAGUGAAAAUGAAGAAGUUUAUGAUAAGUCAGGCACGGGGGAAUCUUUAGGAUCAAUCACGACAACAAAUUGUCUAGAUUUAUUAACUCAAGAAUCACUUAAUAAUAAAACCUUAUCACUUGUAAAUGGGGAUAUAUCAUCAGGACAAGUGUCUAUUGAUAGCAGUAUUGAUUAUCUGGCAAAAACAUCUUCAAAUGAUGAAUUAUCAAAACAAAAGAGUCCUGAUUUUCUAUUAGACAUUGAAAAUCUUCGACAUAAUGAAGAAGAUGAUAUCCAAGAUGAAAUUAAGGAUGAAGAACCGCCAACUACCGUUCAAGAUGAUAUGAGUUUCUUGCGUCCUCUUAGAUUGAAUAGUAGGCGUGAACAAUUGAAUGAAGAUACAGCAAAGACAGAAGAAGUAACAGAAGCGCCAAGGGUAUUAGAUCUUGACCCAAAUACUAGUUCAUCUAGUUUCCAUUUAGACGAUUUAGUGGAAGUUGAAUGUGAAAAUGAAAAUGAAUUUGAAUCGCCAAAAACUAGUGACAAUCCAGACUAUUCUUCUCCAGAUAAUAUAUUACAACCUCCAGUACAAUUAAAACCUACCGUUCUUACAAGCAGGACUAAUAAAGAACAAGAAGAAGAGGAUGAUGGAAUUAUAACUAUAUCUCGACAACUGUCAUUUGUAUCGCCAAGAAAAAUGAAGUCCGUAUCAAGGAUGUCUUCAACUUCGUCAAUUUUCAUGUUGAAUACAGAUGAAGGGUUGGAAUAUGCAUUUAAAUCAAAUGAUGUUCCUUCGUAUAUUAAACGUGAUAAGAAAUUUAAAUUCAUUAGAGUUGGAAAAGUCCAGAAAUAUGUUCAUUUGUUUGAAGAAAAGAUGGAGGAACCAGUUCCUCCAGCUCCUCCUGGACGUCUAGCUAAUAGUAGGAGACCAAGUAGGGUGGGUAGUCGUCUAAACAGUAGGUCAGGAAGUCCUUUCAGGACUGCUUAG